CCCGAUUCGGCGCUGAAUUCCCCCCCGAUCCCUUUCCGGCGCCCGGAUUGGAGGACUCCGGGGUCGUUCCAGAUCGGCGGCCGAUCCGAUGAUCCGGGAUUGAAGAAUUCGCAGAGGACGCGCGGCUUUCGUUCAUCGCCACCCCACCCGCCGAAGCAAGAGGCAUCCCGGGGUCCUGUUUCGUAAGAGAAAGGAUGGAAAUGGAUCAUGGGAAGCUGUUUGUUGGUGGGAUUUCGUGGGACACGAAUGAGGACCGCUUGAGGGAUUAUUUCCAAAACUUUGGCGAAGUAGUAGAAGCUGUGAUUAUGAGAGACCGAGCUACCGGACGGGCCCGCGGCUUCGGUUUCGUGGUCUUCGCUGAUCCUGCUGUUGCGGAAAGAGUUGUUAUGGAAAAGCAUGUGAUUGACGGUAGAAGUGUUGAGGCGAAAAAGGCUGUCCCAAGAGAUGAUCACAACAUUCUUAUCAGAAACAAUAGAAGCAUCAGCGGCUCACCUGGUCCUACCCGGACAAAGAAAAUUUUUGUCGGAGGUUUGCCGUCAACAAUCACAGAGAGUGACUUUAAGAAAUACUUUGAUCAGUUCGGGAUAAUCACUGAUGUUGUGGUGAUGUAUGAUCACAACACCCAGAGGCCCAGAGGAUUUGGAUUUAUUACUUAUGAUUCAGAAGAUGCUGUGGAUAGAGUCCUGUACAAGACAUUCCAUGAACUGAAAGGUAAAAUGGUGGAGGUGAAGCGAGCAGUCCCGAAAGAAUUAUCUCCUGGGCCAAGUCGAAGCCCAUUAGGGAACUAUAACCAAGGUAUGAGUAGAGUCAGUGGCUUCCUCAAUGGUUAUGCCCAGGGAUAUGGUCCAAACUCUGUUGGAGAUUUUGGAGCCAGAAUGGAUGGGAGACUUAGUCCAGUGACAACUGGUCUGGGUGGAGUUCCUCCUUUCACUCCUCCUUAUCCGAAAGGAUUGAAUAACGAGCCGGGUUUUAACCCAAGCUUUGGGGCAAAUGCAAACAUACUUUCGAACCUCAGUUAUGGGAAGAUGUUUAAUUCUUUCUACAAUGGGACAAGCAGGUACAACUCUGGGAGCCAUGGAGGAAGUGGUUCCAUCUUGAGCCCUGCAGGGGGGAGUUUGUGGGGCAUCAGCAAUCUUGGUUAUUCUUCAAGCACUGCAAAUACCAACAAUCUUAUGGGAUCUGGAAGUGAAAAUGCGGGACUGAGCUCUUUUAAUACUGCAGGAACAAUUUGGGGUUCGUCUGCCAAUUCCACACAAGGUAGAAGAAAUGGUUCUACCUUAAGUGGUGAAAACUAUAGUCUUGGCAGUAUGGAUGGUAGUUAUGUUUCAGGAGCUGGAGGAUUUGGAAGAAACAGUGGAGUGGUUGGAUCUGUACAAGCUUUGUCAUAUCCUGCAACAAGUGGUGGCCGCAAUGGGACUCCAGAUCUUUAUGAAAGUAGUUCACUUUAUGGAGACCUCACUUGGCAACCAUCACCUCCAGAACCAGAAACGUCUGGACCAUUUAGCUAUGGACUUGGAAAUGCAACUUCAGAUGUUAUGACCCAGAGCUCUGCUGGUUAUGUUGGUUAUGGGGUUGCUAAUAGACAAUCAACUAGAGGAAUUGCUACCUAGUACAUUAUAUAGACGUCAGAAAGUUACGGUAGGCAAAUUGUAUCUUUCAAAGCAAUUGGAGUAUUCCAUGUUUGUGUAAUUUCCGCAUCGAGUUGUUUCUGUGAGUUCAAAGUACGUCUACAGAUGAUUGGUUUGCCCAUCUACAAAAGCCCGUAAAUCGAGCAGAUACAGGGGGAAUCUUGUGCAAGGUUCAGGCUUGAGAUUUUCACAUAGGUUUUUGUUUCUUGGAGUUCGAUUGCGGUGAAAAACCUUUGGUAGGGUGUUUCCAGAAAUUUGUAUCAUGCUUCUCUGGUGAUCCGGCGAUACAUAAGAAGGCUGACACUUUUUUCUGUUCACAUUUUUUUCUCUUUUGUUCCAAGUGUUCUUUACAUUUUUUUUUCUUCACUGUAUUAUUCAGCAAUCAUGCUGGUUCUUGUCAGUAAUACCCUCUCUGAGGCUUUUGUUCCAGAUAAAUGUACACAGAGAGUUACGCUCCAGUUAUUAGUUUGAUAUGGAGUACUCUUGUGAAAUUUCAAGA